CAUGUAAGUGAUAAAGAAGCUCAGCACUCGUGCUUUGAAGAAUGGAUGGAGCUCCAACAACAAGACCUCUUGGAGCUUAUCCACAAUUCCGACUCCUCGUCAUCGUCCAGCACCUCUAACACUAGCGCCAGCAGUGACUUCAACCUAAAACAACUCAUUGAGAAAUCCAUCAAACACUUCCAAGAAUACAUCGACACCCGCAGACAUUUGGCAUGUAGUGAUGUCACUGCCUACCUUGCACCAACUUGGUGCACCACGUUAGAAAGCUCCAUGCUUUGGAUCUCCGGAUGCAGGCCUUCCAGUUACAUCCGUCUCCUUUAUGCGAUGAGUGGCAAAGAAUUUGAAUCCCAUCUCUCCAACUAUCUCCAAGGCAAUAGAUCCGGACACCUCAGCGGGCUCUUGACCGUGCAGCUGAACUCAGUGGACGAGUUACAGAGGAAGACAAUAAGGCAAGAAGAUCAGUUGUCAAAUAAGCUCGCCAGCUUGCAGGAGGAGAUAGCUGAUCAGCCAUUUGCCAUUAUCGCCAAUGAAGUGGGAAAUCCUGGUGAAAUAUGUCGUGAAGCAGAGGAGGCCCUUGAUAGACAUGCUAAGUUUUUGGUGAAUGUUGUAGAAGAAGCUGAUAAGCUGAGGAUGGUGACUUUGAAGGAGCUGAUCAACAUACUGAGUCCACUUCAAGCUGUGGAUUUUCUCAUAGCUAGCAAGAAGCUCCAUCUUUGUGUCAAUGCUUGGGGUAAAAAAAGAGAUCAUCAGCAUGGGAGGAACAGAGAAACAACACAAGAGAGGAACACAUGUCCAACUUUAUCUCGUCUUAAAAAUUAAAAUAAGGGAGUUAAACCGCUUAUGUUAUAUAGAAUAAAUGUUUUGUUAUUACUAAGUCGGCAUUAUUUUACCACCUUUGUAACUUCUUUCAAUCUUUUAUGUUCUAGUGAAACUACCAAUGAAGCUUAAAAAGACGUUGAUCUACAGUAAUAACUUUCUUAACAUUUGAAUCUUAAAAUAGAGACGAAAGUAGUUUCUUUGAAGGGAAAAUAACAAUGAUCAACUAACAUUGACUAACAACACUUAACCUUCAAUUAAUCAAAUUCGAUGAUUUUGAACCAAUCACUAACAGAAGUCCAAAACAGUAAGAAACAUUUUAAUCCUAUGAAGGGCAAAACUGGGUGUCACAAAGCCUAGAUGAAAACAUAAAUCACUAAGGAAGUAGAAAAGGAUUUAGGGUUGCCUGAGGCCCUGAGAGCCGGGAUGCUUGCCCUUGAAGAUGAAGUAAACAUGGUCGUGGGUAUGAAUGAACACUUUGCCCUAAUUGGUUGGGGGUACGCAGGAGCUUAGUAGUUGCUAAGACGUUCAAAAGUUAGACAUUUCUGAAAUUGACAUCCCCCAAUGUGGGGAUAAACUUGAAACACUUGCACAUUUUCAAAAAUUGUCGAGAAUAGAGAAAACAACAUGACAAGACAAGGAGUAGCAGAAACAAAAUUGUUCAUCUUUGCAUACGGAAUUCAAGUUUUAUCUACUGAAACUACAAAAAAAAUUCUUUUACACCAUUAGUGCACUCUUACGGAUCCAAACUGUUGUCCACUAUCUUUUGUAAGUUACAAACUAAUACACACUGCACUCACUUGCUCUCACAUAGACAUUUAAGUGUUCUAAACUUCCAUGUAAUAAUUAAUAUACAGUUAGUGGAUGAAACUUAAAACUCUAAUCUUAUAUUAUGGGAGCAAACGAACAACACUCUGAAGAUAACAAUUCCUACACAUUAGAUACACUCGAAGAUGCCCAAGAUUUGGUAGAAAUCUAUAUAUGUAUGUGCGCAGUGCAGUAUUAGUUUAAAUUGGAAUUGAAUCUGUUUCUUCAUGCUCUCUAUAUCCUAAAGCACAGUUUUUCAACAAAAUAGCUUCUUUCACUUCCUAAAAAAUCCAGAAAACAAACUGCAAUACAUGGAUAUGCAGCUUCAAAAGUAUUGUUUUCAACAAGUGAUUUUCAAUAUUAAAUAAAAUUCAAAACUAAUCAAUGCUCAUAAAUCGAAAUCCAGCAAACUUUAGGGCUUAUAUCGAAGGAACAAUUCGGAAGAAGCAGACCUGUUGCAGAUGAGGAGGGAGAGCUGUAACAAUGGCAGUCCGCAGCAGCAUUAGAAAAAUGUUUGUAAGAAAAUAGAGAUACCGAAAAGGGAUUGAGGAAGAACGGUUACGAUUUCGGGUUGGGCUUUCGGACC